AUGGAACUCCUCUCUACGCCAAACAGAUUCAUCCCUAAUUAUAAGUGUCACAUUCAGAAUAAUCUGAUAGCAGUCAUAGGAGGACCAAGUUCUAUUGAAUUUCUUGAUAUGGCUACCAUUAUGACAGCUUACAAGUUUGUGCAGAAAUUUGUUCAGAUGAGGAGCCCAGUUUUAGAUAAAGAAAAUGGAUUUCUAAAUCAGUUUUGGCAACAGAUGUUUAACUGUUUCCUCCAAGCUUCCAUCACAGAUGAAGAGGAUGACAAUGUCUGCACUGGGGAGGAGAAACUAGAGACUCUCCCUGUAUCUGUGUUUGAAACCAGCAUGACUGCCCACAGCUACAGUAUCUAUAAUGCUGUCUACGCGAUUGCACAUGCUUUGAAUGCCAUGUAUUCUUUCCAAGGCCAACAAAGAACAAGGAUGAGAGAGAAUUUCCUUAGUCAACAGUCAUGGAGGGAACGUCCUGUUUCACUUUGUAAUGAAAAGUGCAAUCCAGGUUACCGCAAGACCAAGAUUGAAGGGCGACCAUUUUGUUGCUAUAACUGCACUCAAUGUCCAGAGGGAAAGAUCACAAAUCAUAUAGAUCUAGAUGACUGUUUCCAGUGCCCAGAAGAUCGAUAUCCAAACAACAAGCAGGAUUUAUGCAUGCCGAAGGAUAUAAGCUACUUAACUUAUGAAGAACCUUUGGGGACCAGUUUAGUAACCUUGGCACUUGUGCUUUCUUUUAUCACAAUAUUGGUGCUGGGAAUCUUCAGGAAGUAUCACAACACUCCAAUCAUCAAAGCCAACAACCGCAGCCUCUCCUAUACCCUCCUCUUCUCCCUUCUUCUCUCCUUCCUUUGCUCUCUACUUUUCAUCGGUCGACCCAUGAAGGUGACUUGUCUUAUGCGACAGACUUCUUUUGGGAUCAUCUUCACUGUAGCUGUUUCUUGUAUGUUGGCCAAAACCAUCACUGUGGUGCUUGCGUUCAUGGCCACCAAGCCAGGAUCAAGGAUGAGGACCUGGAUUGGGAAAAGUCUAGCCCUUUCCAUUGUUCUCUCCUGCACCUUGAUUCAAUUUCUUCUUUGUACUGUGUGGCUAGCAACCUCACCCCCUUUCCCAGACAUGGAUAAGCACUCCUUCAUUUCUGAGAUCAUUGUGGAAUGCAAUGAAGGGUCGGUUGUCAUGUUUUAUAGUGUUUUGUCUUUUAUGGGUUUCCUGGCUAUAGUCAGUUUUAUUGCAGCUUUCCAAGCUAGGAAGCUACCAGACACAUUCCAGGAAACCAAAUCCAUCACAUUCAGCAUGCUGGUUUUUUGCAGUGUCUGGUUGUCGUUUGUCCCAGCCUACAUGAGUACCAAAGGCAAAUACAUGGUAGCUGUGGAGAUCUUCUCCCUCCUGGCUUCCAGCACUGGGCUUCUGGCUUGUGUCUUUUCCCCAAAAUGCUACAUUAUCAUCAUGAUGCCUCAUCUGAAUAAAAGGGAGCAUCUCAUAAAGAGAAUUAUUUAA